CACGCACACACAUUAUGACGUUUAAAGCCGGCGCGCACAGUUACAAGUAAUGGGAGCCAUUUCUUCUUUUUUCAAGCUUGUUUUAGCCCGGGGCAAACAUACUAUUGGGGUCUCGACACAAAGAACAGAAACAGAAAAGCGCUGCCCGGAUGUCCCAUUACUUGUCUUGUAAUGGAAGUGUAGCUGGAGAAAGCGGAAGUGAGGUCAGAGAGGCAGGCUGUCUCCUCCAUGUUAUUAUUGUUAUUUUGACUGUGUGAUGAUACGGAGCAGAGAUCCAUCGGGUUCUCCCGCAACACUUUGCCUGCCUGGGAUCACCCAUUACGGCCGGGACAGCGACGUGAGGCGAGCACAACACGCUAGAGGGGCGUCUUCGAUGUGUGUGCAGGGUUUUUCUUUGCAACACAGUUAAUAUCGACAAUACGACGCUGUCACCACAGCAAAUGCCAGUUCUAGACUUGUGCUACUUCUGCUAACGCCUGUCGCUGAAAUGAACGGGAUAACCAAGGGCAGAUUUGAGGUUUUCUCAAACAGCGAUGAAGCGCCCAUUAACAAGAAGCUUCCGAAAGAACUCCUUCUGAGGAUAUUCUCCUACCUGGAUGUGGUCACGCUCUGCAGGUGUGCCCAGGUGUCGAAGGCCUGGAAUGUUCUCGCACUGGAUGGAAGUAAUUGGCAGAAAAUCGACUUGUUCAACUUCCAGACAGACAUCGAGGGCCGUGUGGUGGAGAACAUCUCUAAGCGCUGUGGGGGCUUCCUGCGCCAGCUCAGCCUGAGAGGCUGUCUGAGUGUGGGGGACGCCUCCAUGAAGACUUUUGCACAGAACUGCAGGAACAUCGAACACCUUAACCUGAAUGGUUGCACAAGAAUCACUGACAGCACAUGUGUAAGCCUCAGCAAAUUCUGCUCCAAACUCAAACACCUGGAUUUGACCUCCUGUGUGUCCAUAACAAACCACUCGCUGAAGGCCCUGAGCGAGGGAUGCAGAAGCCUGGAAAACUUGAAUAUUUCGUGGUGUGACCAGAUCACUCGGGACGGGAUCGAGGCGCUGGUGCGAGGUUGCGGGGGCCUCAAAGCCCUGUUCCUGAGGGGCUGUACCCAGCUGGACGAUGAUGCACUGAAACACCUGCAGAGGUACUGCCCUGAACUGACGACAAUCAACAUGCAGUCAUGCACACAGGUGACGGAUGACGGCCUGGUCAGCCUGUGUCGCGGCUGCCACAAGCUACAGAUUCUCUGUAUCUCAGGCUGCAGUAACAUCACCGACGCCUCCCUCACCGCCCUGGGACUCAACUGCCCCCGGCUAAAAAUCCUGGAGGCAGCAAGGUGUUCCCAUGUUACAGAUGCAGGAUUCACAGUUCUGGCAAGAAAUUGUCAUGAGCUUGAAAAAAUGGAUUUAGAAGAAUGUAUUUUGGUGACUGAUAACACGCUGGUUCAGCUCUCUAUUCACUGUCCCCGGCUCCAGGCUCUGAGCCUGUCGCACUGCGAGCUGAUCACGGACGAUGGGAUCCGUCACCUUAGCAACAGCACCUGUGGGCACGAGCGCCUGCAGGUGGUGGAGCUGGAUAACUGCCCACUCAUCACCGACGUCACGCUGGAGCACCUGAAGAGCUGCCAUAACCUGGAGCGCAUCGAGCUGUACGACUGCCAGCAGGUCACCCGUGCCGGCAUUAAGAGGAUCCGGGCACACCUCCCGGAGAUCAAAGUCCAUGCCUACUUUGCCCCAGUUACGCCCCCUCCCUCAGUGCAUGGUGGAGGCCAGCGGCUCUGCCGGUGUUGCAUCAUCCUUUGACAGCGGAGGGCAUGGGGUGGGUGGGGUGGGGUGGGUGGGCAGCUCUGUGUACAAGUGCUGGUAGUGUGAAUCAACGUUACCAAUGCUGAAGAUAAUCUCUACAGUUAUCUGCCUGGACAAGGGAGGGGGCAGGUGGAUGCAGGCAGGGGUAACAGGGCUGAGGGGGGGAAGGAGAGGAGAGGGGGAUGGACUUCGUAAAUAGCCACACCCCCAUCCCUGCACUUUGUGACCAGGACAUUUUGGGGGGGCUGGGGCAGUUGGAUGUGGAUGUAGUGGGAAGAGGGGUGGGGGGCUGUAGGGGUGUGUUGGGGUGGUGUUGCAAACUUUGGGGCAAAGCAGUGGAAACUACAUGGAAGAAAUAUCCGGACGCAAAAAUGGCAAAAGGAGCCAAGGACAAUGCACCUCUCUGUGGAAAGACCAGCCGACGCUGCCAUCUUGACAAGUCGCCCUCUCCUCAGACCGAGCUAGCUUCGUGUUCUCGUGCUUCUCCGUGCAGCGUCACAAAGGACAAUGUUUCCUGUCAUCAAUGGGGGGGGGGGGGGCGGGGGGGUGUUGUGUCCGUGCAAACGGGGGGAAUGUAGGGAAUGUUUUUUUGUUUUUUUUGCGACAGCGUUCGAUGUGGCCAUUUCAGGAUCCCUCUUCGCCAUCGAGCAGAAAGCGACAAACUUUACGUGUAAAACUUCAAAAAAAAAAAAAAAAAACCUAAAACAAAAAAACGAAAGAAAAAAGAAAAAAAUACCCAAACAUGGAGGAAAUCUGAGAUUGAUUUUUUUUUUGUGCAUCCAACAACUAUCAGUUUGAGAUUUUGUUUUUGUUUGUACAAGAAUCUUAUGCCAGAGCAAAGACAAGUUAUUCUUGGAGUCUUCGGGGUAAAGUUAUAUUUUAGUCUUUUUUUGUCAGUGAUAAUUGUUAUUGUCCAAGCUUUGCUUCUCCAGGGGUAAGAUGUACCUUUUUUAAAUAAAUAAAAUAACUUGUUACGAAAAUGGACCCUUAGGAAUAAACUGGACUUCCCUAGUUGGGAGGAUGGACAGAAUCUGAUAGACUUUCAAGAAACAAAAUCAGUUUGCCUGCAACAUGAGACUAAUUCAACAACAAAAAAUAAAAGUAUGCUCUAGAAAUCUCCUCAAA